AAUUUUUGGCAAACAACAAUCACACUCAGUAUUCUCUUUGGAGCACCAGCCACCACUACACAACAAUCAUGAGCGGACGUGGUAAAGCAGGAAAGGCGAAAGGAGGCAAGUCCAAGACCCGGUCGUCCCGUGCCGGACUCCAGUUCCCGGUGGGUCGUAUCCAUCGUCUGUUGAGAAAGGGAAACUACGCCGAGCGCGUCGGAGCCGGAGCACCGGUAUACCUGGCCGCCGUCAUGGAGUACUUGGCAGCUGAAGUUUUGGAGUUGGCCGGCAACGCCGCCCGUGACAACAAGAAGUCUCGUAUCAUCCCCAGACAUUUGCAAUUGGCCAUCAGAAAUGACGAAGAGUUGAACAAAUUGUUGUCCGGAGUGACCAUCGCUCAAGGAGGUGUGUUGCCCAACAUCCAGGCCGUGCUCUUGCCAAAGAAGACAGAGAAAAAAGCUUAACUUAUUUACCACCGAAUACGAUAUUUUUAAAACGGCCCUUUUCAGG